AUGGACGUGCUCAGAAAAAGCUUCAGGUCAGAGUUCAAAUGGACCGAAGAAGCCGCACGAGCCUUUGAAGAACUUAAAACUUAUCUCGGCCCCUUGCCGACACUCACCGUACCGGAAAAAGAUAAGGUAUUGACAGUCUACCUAGCCGCAUCAUGCGGUGCUAUCAGUGCAGUGCUCGUCGCUCACCGAUCCGGGGCGCAAAUCCCCAUUUACUAUGUGAGUCGAACGUUGAAAGAUUAUGAAACGAGAUAUUCAAACCUGGAAAAAUUAGCUCUGGUGCUAGUUCAUGCUUCAAUUCGUCGGUAUUUUCAAGCCCAACCAAUUGAGGUACGAACGGAUCAAAGAAUCCAGCAUGUUCUCCGACGACCCGAAGUUUCAGGUCGUAUGGAGAAAUGGGCGAUCGAGCUGGGUGCAUUCAAUAUUACUUUUAGAACCAAAGGACCUUUGAAAGGGCAAGUGAUAGCCGAUUUUCUAGUAGAAAUGCCGGAGGAAAAAGUAGUGGAAGAAACCAAGAAAGCUCCAGACAAACCCUGGACUCUGUAUACAGACGGAGCUUCGAGCUCCGAGGGGUCAGGAGCAGGCUUGAUUCUCACCGAUCCAGAUGGUACGGAUAUGACAUAUGCGCUCCGGUUAGAAUUCAAGAGCUCCAAUAAUGAAGCUGAAUAUGAGGCUCUAUUAGCCGGUCUACGCCUGGCGCUAAAAGUUGGAACGAGAAAUGUUAUAGCCCAUGUAGAUUCGUUGCUCGUAGCGAAUCAAGUGAACGGAGAAUAUGAAGCAAGGGAAGCCAACAUGAUUGAAUAUCUCGAACAAGUAAAACAAGUUAUGGCAUCAUUUGAAUCAUGCAAAGUUGAGCACGUUCCUCGUAGCAAAAACAAAAAAACCGACGCAUUGAGCAAGCUGGCUUCCGUCUCCUUCAGUCAUUUGGCCAAGGAAGUAAGAAUGGAGGUGUUAAACGCACCUUCAAUUGCUACUCCUCAUGUUAUGCAAGUAGAAGCUCCGUCUAAAACAUGGAUGACACCUAUAAUCAACUAUCUAGUGCACGAUGUUUUACCAGUUGAUAAAGCAGAAGCGAGAAAGAUUCAGAUCAACUCGCUUCAAUAUCAGAUGCAGGAAGGAGGUCUGUACCGAAAGACUUUCCUUGGACCUCUAUUAAAAUGUCUCGAUACCGAACAGGCCAGCUAUAUCAUCAGAGAGAUACACUACGGCAUUUGCGGUAUUCACGCCGGGCCAAAGAUGAUCGUAACGAAGGUGAAAACUGCAGGAUACUAUGAGAGUGCAGUCAAAGAACUCCAGCAAUGUGAUGAAUGCCAAAAGCACGCGCCAGUAAGCCUCCGAGCAAAGAAUGAGAUGAUUCCGGUAACCGCCGCAUGGCCUUUUCAAAAGUGGGGCGUUGACAUAGUCGGUCCUUUUCCACGAUCGAGCGAAAGUGCCCAGUACUUGCUAGUCGCGGUGGAUUAUUUCACCAAAUGGGUGGAAGCCCGACCGUUCACAGUCAUCUCCGGCUAUAAUGUAACGAGGUUCUUUUGGGAACAAAUCGUAUGUCGUUUCGGUCUUCCACUCUACAUUAUAAGCGACAAUGCAAAGCAGUUCGCGGAAAACCCGUUCAAGCGCUGCCCACCCCAGGGGAACGGGCAGGUCGAACAGAUAAAUCGACGAAUCGUCGAUGGGAUAAAGAGAAGACUUGGCUACGAAGGUAAAGGUUGGGCGGAUGAGUUACCGAACGUUCUAUGGGCUCACCGAACAUUGCACAAGACUAGUAACGGGGAAACAACGUUCAGUCUUACAUAUGGCACGGAAGCCGUGAUCCCCACAGAAAUCGGACUCCCAAAUCAAAGGUGCAGAAACUGGGAAGAAAACGAACAGGAGCUCCGAUCUAAUCUCGAUCUGCAAGAAGAACGUCGGAACAUCGCGGCGAUCAAAGAAGCACGGUAUAAAAAGAAGAUUAAAAAUAUUACAAUGCCCGUGCCAAGCUUUAUAAAUUCAAAGUUGGAGGCUUUGUGCUCCAGAGUAAUGAUGCAAGCCGCAUCGAAGCCCCCGGGAAGUUGGCCCCGAAAUGGGAAGGACCGUACCGAGUCAAAGAAGCAAGCGAGAAAGGCUCGUACAUACUAG